CCCAUGCGCCGCGUCGGCGUAAUCUCAUGAUGGACGCGUCCAACGCGUCGCUCGUCAAGAACCUCAAACGCAACCUCACCGAUGUGUAAAAUGCCAUUCAGCUGUCCACCUCACAUCCUCAGGGCCUACAAGAAUGGCGAUUUCACCGACCUAGUCAUCAGCUGCGGCAACUCAACAUUUGAUGUGCAUUCCGUUGUUGUUGGCUCAGCAUGCGAGUUCUUCGCGAACAAUAUCAAAUUCGGUGGAAAGGAGGCCGAUGAGCGACGUAUCGAUCUGCCGGACGAUGACCCAGAGAUGAUCCGACGUUUAAUCGCUUACCUUUAUCUGGGCGACUACGAUCCUACCGAUGAAGUUGGCAUCGCCGCGUUCGAACAGCUCAAGCAAUAUGAGCCCAACACAGCAGCAGCGCCCGCUCACCAUCCCCGCAGAGGCGUAUUUGGAAGCUCUCAGCCUCAUGAUCAAUGCGCUUGCCUUGCGUUGAACCUGAAGAAUAUCGAGCAGGUGGCGUUGAAAGUAGAGCAGCAGAAGAAGGCAUCGCAAUACGUCAGCCACCGAAAGCCCGACAACAGCAUCGAAAUCACUAGCCCGCUUACGAUCCACGCGGGCAUGUAUGCACUCGCUGAUAAAUAUCAGGUGAAGGGGCUUGGCCGACUUGCAAAAAUCAAGUUUCGGGAUAGUCUGGAUCAUCACGUCGAUUCUGAAGACUUCAUCGCCGCAGUACAACUAACGUACAGCAACACCCCAGAGUCCAACCGCGGUCUUCGAGAUGAGAUAGUUCAGGCUUUCCGGAUGUAUUUCAAGGUGGACAUCACGGAGUUACCGGGGCUGGAGUCGAAGCUGGACACCAUUGAUGAGUUGUCUUUCUUGCUCCUCAAGUCCUGGCCAAGGAAGAUGGAACCUGCAAGCCCUCAGAAGUUUGUCUCGUCUGCAGGUGCUGCUCACACGGCUUCUCACCUGGUCAUUACUGCUGGUCCGCCCACCUCCGGUACCAUCGCUACUUCCGCCUCUUCCAAUGCUCAUGUGACGAGCACCGGGUUUGCCUCUUAUUCUCAUACACCAGGUGCCACUACCUCUAGUACUCCAGCCAACGGAAGCUUGUUUGGAAGUCUCCCCCCACGCACUUCGGGCGGAUUUGCAAGCUUCUCGUCAUCACCCAGUAGUACUGGUAAUGCGGUGUCAAGUCAACCAACUCUUGCUUUCGGAUCUCCAGCGUAAUGGGUACUCCUGCUAUCAUACUAAUUCGAGCCUUUUCACACUGUCUUACUAUGUGGCAUACAGCCUUUUGCCGGAUUCAUCUAGUGACGUUCUCUCGCGACUUCCUCUUCGUUGUUUGAACACGUGCGAUACCCCAACCUCCCACUACUCGCGGCAAUCACUCCACCGCCAUUGACUUUACGGUGCCGAUACCUUCCACAACCCUUUGUUG